AUGCUGAAAAUAUCUAUUUUAAAGGUUGAGAACCCGUCCUGCCUCUGGGGCCGGGUCGUCCGGGGCCCCGGCGGUGACGAAGAGACCGCCGAGCAGUACAACAACCUGCUAGCUCAGAUGAACUUUUUCUACCAUGACGUCACCCAGGACCUCCGCAACCUAAAACCCACGUCGUUAGAUGAGGGACAGGUGUGUGUGGUGUACUGGUCGGUGAUGAAGUCGUGGUGUCGGGCCGUGGUGGAGUCGAUCAUCAUGGACUCGGUGUCCUGUCAGGCUCGCUGCCUCCUGGUCGACCACGGAGAGCGGCUCGUUGUUGCCUCAGACCAGAUUCGAAUUGCUAUGCAGAGCUUCCUCCAGCUGCCUUUCUGGGUGAGAAGGUUCCACCUGGCGGGAAUCAAACCAACAACCCUGCGAGUGUCCGUGUAUGAGGAGAAGGCCGAGCUCAUUCCGUCCAGUCAGUGGGACAGCUCUGCUACACUUUACCUGCACAACCUGCUGCAAGCGUCCACUCAGACGGAGGCCGUGCUGCUUGAAUCCGACUCAGCCUCCGUCUCCAUUGAGCUCUACCUGAUGGUCGGGAAGAUCAAGAUCUGUGCAAACGACGAUCUGGUGGCCAAGAAGUUUGCGUAUUACGGCACAGAGUCAGCUGACAGCGGCGGGAUGGACGCGGUGGACCGAUGUCCCAUCAUGUUGUCCUUCAGCUUGUUGAGUCAGACCGUCUCCACGACUUCAGUCAAGCUGUCGUCACAAAGCCCGCCUCGUCCUGGCGACUGUCUGACGGCUCCCUCCACACCUGAGAGCCGACGACAUGAGCCGGAGACCUGUGAGGAAGGCAGCAGGUCAAAGGUCACAGAAGGACCGCUUUGUCCAGGCAGCCGAUCAAAGAACGGCUCAGAAGGUGCUGCUGCGGAGAGUGACUCAUCAGAGGACACAGACUCGUCUCUGGCUGCAGCUCUGACCAAAGACCUCAGUCUGUUCAAGUUUCUACGGUUCUUGAAUCCUGGCAGCAACUACCAGCAGGCGGCUCCUCCCGUGAGUCAGAAAGAAGAGGUGAAAGUCUGUCAGCCUGAAGAGACGACUGCAGCCUCCAGCAGCAGCACAGCACAGGAAGUAUUAACACACAACAGUGAGCCUGUGACACAGGACCAGCAGGUGUUGCUUCAUAUGAGCACUGGAAAAAGUGCAGCUGAAGGUGUUGAGAGCAGUCAGAUGGAUGAAGAAACAAGUUCCAGUAGAUCAGGAGAGGGACGAGCAGAGACAGAGAGGAGGAUGAAUGAAGAGCACUGGGCCUGUUCCAGACUUUUGGAGUGGUUGAACCCAGAGCCUCUGAACCCCAAUCCAGACGCAGAAGAAGACCUGGCUGUUCCUAGUGAUCCCAGGAAGAGUGGGAUUCUGGUGCACUCUGCCCUCCCAGUGGAGCCAUGCACCAGCCUGGAUGACGCUCCCAUCACAGAUGGACUCCGCUGGGUGUUACGGAGGAAGUCGUACUGCGCUCCGUCUCCGGCCGACUGUCACAGCUGGCCCGCUGUGGCUCGAGGCUGCAACGCCGUCAUCGUGUCCCAGAACGCCGACCAGCCGCUCAGCUACCUCGCCCCGCUGCUCACCCACAUUGUGCUCAACUCCAUCUUCACCCCCCUCACCUCCAGCGCAGGGCCGGUGGCGGUGCUGCUGUGUCCAGGCUGGGAGAAAGUCCAGACUGUGUUCGACCUGCUGGAGGAGAGCAGAAUGAUCCAGACGCUCCACCCGGCCAUCGCGCUGCUGGGCGUCGGCAAAGACGAGCCCAAGUCUGUUAGGAUCCCAAAAAACUGCCUCCUGUUAGUGACCACUCCCUUCAGUCUGGUCCGCCUGCUGUCCUGCCACUGCUUCCUGUUCCUGCGUAUGUAUCACCUGAUCCUGGACGAGGCCGACCAGCUCUUCACUCUCGCUCCGGACCAGAUGGCGACCAUCUUGCAGCAUUUCCAGAAGGUGACCUCCAGCGAGGAGAAGGCGUCGUGUCCUCAGCAGCUGGUUGCUGUGGCGAAGCGGUGGACCAGUCACAUGGAGGCUUUGUUAACCAAUCACAUGUCCAAUCCCUGCGUUGUCAUGACAGUCCCAGAGGAAGCUGCUCUGUAUGGCAACGUCCAGCAGAUCAUCCUCAUGACUCCUGAGAACAAUAGGAUCUCCGUACUGUUGGGUGCGCUAGACUUCAACCCCGAAGUCGGCCAGAAGACUGUAAUCGUAACCAACUCUGCCGAGGAGGUCGAAGACGUAUUCCAGGCUGUGAGCAACAAAUCAGCGUUCUGCCUCAAGACCCACGAAGGGUUAACGCACCAGUUUGACUUUGUGGCGCAGCAGUGGAAGAAAGACAUCGGCCCCGGCACUCAUGUUAUUCUGGUGACGACCAACGAGUGUCUGAGGUGUUUGGGAAUCAGAGAUGCUACGUGUGUCGUCCACUACGGUUUCCCCACGUCACCCAAACUGUUCGGCAGCCGACUCUUCUGCAUGGCCGACAACUUCAGAAACCUCUCAGAACGAGUUUCCUCCCAGGAUCAAACACAGAGUUGCCCUCACGCCACCAGGUCUGUGCUCCUGAUCUCAGAAAGGAACGCCCGCCACGUGGUUGGGGUUCUGCGGUACCUGGGUCGAACCAACGCCCUGCUGCCCCCUGAGCUGCUGUCCUUCGCUCAGGGCAUCCACGUAGCCCGAGAGGACCAGAAGACCAACAGGCCUCUCUGCAGCUACCUGAAGAGCUUUGGAGUCUGCAGAGACAGCAGCGUGUGUCCCGACCGUCACAGGUUCAUCCCCAUCCUGGAUCAGUCUGAUCUCCCCGGCUCUGGAGUCAUAGAAGUUGUGCCUCUCUACAUCAAGACCGCGUCAGUCUUUUACGGUCGUAUUGUGAGGAAGGAGGACGGCGGGUUUGACAGCAUGGCGGCUGAGAUGGCUUCAUACUACGCCGACAAGAAACUCGGAGCCACGAAACUGCAGCAGGGAGGAUUAUAUGCAGUGCAGGAGGACGACGUCUUCUACAGGGUGAAGGUCCUAUGUGUCCCAGACGUACGCGAUCUGCUCUUCUACUGCGUCUUCGUUCGGUUUAUCGACAUCGGAAAAGAAGAGGAGGUCAAAUCUCAUCAGAUCCUGCAGCUGCCGGAGCAGUUUCACUCUCUGCCCGAACAGGCCAUAGAGAUCAUCGUCUGCAGGGUCAAACCAGUCGACGCAGAGAUGGACUGGCACCCAAAGGUUACCAGAGCCGUCAGCCAGAAGAUCCGAGGUCUGCAGCACAGAGCCAGAGCAGUCCUCAGUCUGGGAAAAACUGUAUUUGUUGAUCCCAUGGUGCGGGUGACGCAGGUGCCAGGUAUGAAGACUCAGAUCAAUGAAUACAACGUGCAGUCUGAGAUUUUAAACACGGGGAUGGGAGCAUUAAACCCGGAGCAUCUGGACUUGCUUAAGGCGCUUUGCAAGGACGGUGCGGGCGGCUGCAGUAACGAGGCCGGACACGUUUCUGGGUCAGAUGGUGAUUCGGCGUCUCUGGAGGUCCGGAUCAAAGCUGAGGAAGAAGUUCUGGCCGAAGCCUUCAGAGCAACCGAGAUCAAGAAGCUCGCUGCUCCAGAUCUUCAUCGCCCCAAAACACAUGAGCCACUCAGUCCAGUAUCUACUCUGAACCGGUUCCUGAUCCCAGCAACACCAGCACCUCAAGUCCAAACGGUCUCAGCUUAUGAUCAGAGGUCAGAUAUCGUCCAGGCUGCAGACGAACAGAGGAGCAUCCAAACUGCUGAUCUGAGGUCAGCUGUGCAGAGGAUGAGUUUCCACCCUCAGGUCCGCUGGUACCAGACGUCCGACUCGGUGGUCGUCACGGUGAAGCUGUCGAACCCGCAGAGUCAACGCUGCGACUUCUACCCUGACCGAGUCGUUUACAGCGGCAACGUGAGCGGUCGCUUCUACGGAGCCGAUCUCAAGCUUCAGGGAAACAUCGCUGCUGACCGAUGCUGCUGGGAAAUGAAGUCCAACGAGCCGGUCCUCAAACUGGUCAAACAGCAGCAGGGAUACUGGGAGAGAUUCCUCAAGAACAAGAAUAUUUUUGUGAGUUACGACAUGGACCACUUUGAAGAGGAAGAAGACGCAGCACCAAACGGUCCGCUGUUUGUGGGGAACACGGGAGAAGAUAACUGGUACGUGAACUCAGAGAGCGGCAGUGAGAGUGACUGA